AUGGGUGUCAAGUAUGACUGGUGUUGGGCUUUGAAUUUUAUAUACAAAAGUCCAAGAUGCAGGAUUUUAUUGAAUGAUACUAAAGUCGAGACUUGGGUCAAGAACCUUUCUUCUAUUCGAAAGCACCUUCACUUUUUACUAAUGUAUGCCACUAUCCUCUACUUCGCUAUUAAACCCUUACUGAAGCUUCACAAUAGCAUGCAUAUGCCAAUCUUUGAGGCAGCAUGACAAAUACAUUAA